AACAUAGGUCAAAACUAAGUCUAGAGCAAUGCGGUCUGUUUGUGUGAUUAAUCCCAAUUCCUCGGUUUCCAUGACAGAGAACUUGCAGGUUCUCUUGUUGCCGAUGGCGAAGGAGUGCCACCUUGAGCUCGCCUUUUUCACCGCCCCCGAGCCCGCACCAAAAGAGAUUGAUGGCUUGGAAACGUCGCGGCUCUCAACUGAGGUCUGUCUUCCAGUUCUCCUCCCCCUCUUGGAUGCUUACGACGGGUUCUUGGUAGGCUGCUACUCGGACCACCCUCUCAUUUACGAACUACAGCGGAGAACCGACAAGCCGGUGUUGGGGAUAUUCCAGGCCAGCUUAAUCGCAGGGGUGGGGAUGCUCGAAAAGGCGCAGAAAAUGGUGAUUCUUACGUCCAACAACGAGUGGGAACGUAUUCUAGAUGAUUCCCUUGACUCAGUGUUCCAGGUCGAUCCGCAGCUUGUGGGGCAUCGGAAUGUGAUUCUUCCUACUAAGGCACUCGGUAUCAACGUGCUCAGCUUGUCAGAUCCGCACGUCUACGGCCAAAUCAAGGCAAAGGUCCGAGACUUGCUCACUGCAACGGAGGCUACGUGUAUCUUGUUAGGCUGUGCCGGCAUGUCAGGCUUAGACCUUAAGCUCAAGCAGGAACCUGAGUUUGCGGGGGUGCACUUUGUUGAUAGCGUUCGAGCAGGGAUACAGCUCCUAGCAAGGUAAACUAAAUCUACAGUUGAACUGAUAUAUCACAUAUAUUUGUUAUAAAGAUUCACAGCCUAUUAAUGUUAGUAAUUGCUUAACACGGACAAUGUCCUUCAAGGGUAUUGCUCUGACUCGGAAUAUGUUUGGUAUCAGAUAGGGGUGAAAGACUAAUUUCGAUGGUAAUUUUUUUCUGUCAUGAAUUUUCAGUUGAACUAUGCAAUAAAAAUUUUCAUCAUCACUUAGAAAACAUAUUCUCGAGGGCUCAAAGGGCAAUUCAGAUUGGGGAAUGUGAUUGAAAACUUACUCUUUGAGUGGAUAUCUUAAUCACAUAAACAUAUUAGAGUCUUG